GUCAUACAUCCUCCCUAGCCAAAAGUAUAAGUACCCAUGUGGUCUUCACACGAAAACAAAAGCAGUUUGCAACUCCUCCUUUUCUUCCUAAUUUGUUGAACUAAGGCGUUGCACGUUGAAGACAGGGCUUUGAGUGAUGGAGAAGCAGUUCGCAACCAGGGUACAGAAGGAGCUUGCAGCCCUGAGGAAGUCCUGUCCUCUCGGUAUCCAGGUGUCGCUGCCUUCAGACAACCUGCAUGAGUGGGAGGCUGUCAUCCCUGGACCUGAGGAUUCUCUUUAUAAAGGUGGCAAGUUCAAGAUCCGCCUGCUUCUUCCUGAAAACUACCCCCUGGCACCUCCAGUUGUCCACUUCCUGACCCCCAUCUACCACCUGAAUGUGAGUCAGGUCUGUGGACAGGUGUGUCUGCGCUUCCUGAGUGAAGAUGAGUGGGUGGCAGGGGGAACUAUUGAACAGGUGCUGAGUGCCCUGUUCUCUCUCCUUAUCCGGCCAGAAGAGAACAAUGCCUUUGACCACGAUGUUCUCAACACCUACCACCAUUUCAGACGGCAGUACAACAAGAUGGCUUGCAACAGUGCUAAAAAGGCUAAAUAGGAACCAGAUAUUAGUCGGAAGAGUUUUAUAUGUUAAAGUAAAAGCCCAAUACUGCUUGUAUUGCGGUUUUGUUUCUAUUUGUUGUUUUUUCAUACCUAUGUAGUUGCUGUUAGUUUGUUUUUACAAAUUUAAUAGCUAUAUGAAAAUAGCAUAACAUAACAUAUGUUAAGUUUUUUCCUUUCAAAACAUCUUGUGGGGAACAUAUAUCAAGAUGGCCAUUGAGAAUUAGGUAGCUCUGGCAACUACAAUGUACCAGUAUAUGGUCUUUUUGAAAAAUAAACAAUCUUGACCAUAGUUU